CGGAAGUGAAGUGGCAGAGAGCAGAGCAGAGCAGAGCAGCAGAGGCUACCAAGCAAGAGAUGGAGAAUAUAACGGCAAGCGAACUGGCCGGAUUUGGGGUUGGCACUCUGCUCGUAUUCGUCACCAUUGCUGCCCCAAGAAUCGAUGCCUUCAUCUCUGCCUCCCAGCGCAGCUCUUUGGGCAUGUGCAAGAGAUGCGGCAAUCUGAAGAUGAUAGCAUGCACAAAAUGUAAAGGAGUAGGAGUUGUCAGAGGUGGACCAUUUGGGUUUAAUCUUGACAAUGAAUUGUACCAAUUGCUUGGAAGUGGUGGGUCAAAGGUGCAAUCCAUUGCCUGCACUAAAUGUCAAGCCAGGGGCCAUUUCUCCUGCCCCGAUUGCUGCAAGAUAUAAUCUGUUUGAUUUUUCUCAGAUCUUGUGAAAGCUUUCCUCUUUCACAUUGUGCUCUCUUCCAAAGUUGAUUAAUUUCAAGAUUUCCUUUUAUAGUCAUGUACUGGGAACUAAUUGUAUUGCAUACAUCUAAUCAAUGUAAAACAUAUUUUACAUGUA